UUUCCCUGCGCCUGGGCAAAAAUUCGGAGACGUCCGCGCUGACUCGCUGCAAAAUCGCGCGCGCAGCCGUCUUUUUUGCCGGCUCCAUGCCUUCGGGCUUUCCACCUUACCCUGUAAGAUCCUGAUUGGUGUUUUUUCUGUUUUUCUUUUUCUCCUUUUCUUUCUUGUCGCGGGGAUGCACUGGUGGCGUUUGCGCCGGGUUUCUCGCGCUGAGAAAGCUCCGAGUAGAGCUGUGCCCAGGUCGUAUUGCUCAGAGGACAUGCCAACAGGAUGUGACGGGGAUCUCAAGGGUAGAGAACUGGAUUGACGAGCUAAUCCUUGCGCUUUUCUUGUUUCAGGUAUAAUUAUUAUUCUAUUCGAUAAUCGACAUCGACAACGCCGGCGGCGCAACUAAAACAACCGCACUCCGACUCCAACUCCCAUAAAACCCCCCUCAUCAACCCAAACAAAGACCGUCCACCUCCAAAAUGCCCAAAGAUAAAGAGCGCUCGAUGAACCCCGCCGCGGCGCAGCGCAAACUCGACAAGCAAAAGAACCUCAAGAAAAGCAAAGCCGAUGCGCUGGCCCGGCGGAACGAGAAGCUCGCGCGCCGCAACCCCGAGCGUAUCCAACGACAGAUCAACGACCUAAAAUCAGUAGAAGAGACGGGCCAGCAGCUACGGCCGCGCGACAAGGAGCUCCUGGGGGCGCUAGAGCGGGAUCUACGAGCCGUGCAGAAGGCGCGCGAAGCGCUGGGCGACAAGGCGCCGAAAUUCGAGCAUUCAGGACCGAGACGCGACGGACGAGGAGACGGGGCUAAUGUGCUGGGAAAGAGAAGGCGAGAUGGACACGGCCACGGCCACGGAGGAGGCUUUGGACAGGACAGCGACGGCAGCGAGACGGACGAGGAAGUCCGACGGAUUCCGAUGCCCCGGGACACGCCGCCGCCUAUCCCCCGACAAUACCAACAGAGGCGAAGAGAUGGGGACUCUGGCCCCGGUGGUCCCCGUGGUCCGCAUGCGCUGCCGGCCAAACCGCCCGUCACGGAAUCCAAGACGGUGUACGAGGCCCAGCCGGAGAUCAAGGACCUGCGACAGGAGGCCAUCAACAAGUUCAUCCCGGCGGCUGUACGAGCAAAGCAGGAGUCGAUCCGGGGGCAAGGGAAACUACUCGAACCGGAAGAGAUGGACCGACUCGAAAAAGCUGGAUAUAAUGCUGGCCCGGCACAAACUGGGGGAGACGACGGCACGAAUCAACCAGGUGGCGAAGACGAAGACGACGAUGAUACCCAGCGAAGACUCCAGGAAGAAGAACGGCGGUUCAACCAGGAACUAAGAUCUGUGCAGAUCGAAGAGGUCGAAGACGAAGAGGCAUGAUUGAGAUAAAUACCUCGAUGAAGCUAUAGCUAUCUAGCUAGCUAGUCUCAGCCGGCUGCCCUAUUCUGGGAAAGCAAAGCCGCAAAGAAAAUCCAUGUACAAUAUACAAACAUAU